AUGGGUAAACAAAACAGCAAACUGAAACCUGAGGUUCUGGAAGAUCUAAAGCAAAACACUGAGUUCUCAGAUGCUGAAAUUCAAGAAUGGUAUAAGGGAUUCUUGAAGGAUUGUCCCAGCGGUCACCUGUCAGUUGAAGAGUUCAAAAAAAUAUAUGGAAACUUCUUCCCCUAUGGAGACGCUAGUAAGUUUGCAGAGCACGUGUUCCGUACAUUCGAUGCUAAUGGUGACGGGACUAUAGAUUUCCGGGAGUUUUUGUGCGCCCUGAGCGUCACAUCUCGUGGUAAACUCGAACAGAAGCUGAAGUGGGCCUUCUCUAUGUACGAUCUGGACGGGAACGGUUACAUCUCGAGACAGGAGAUGCUUGAAAUUGUGACAGCUAUUUACAAAAUGGUUGGAUCGGUUAUGAAAAUGCCCGAAGACGAGUCCACUCCGGAAAAGAGAACAGACAAGAUAUUCCGACAGAUGGAUAGAAACAAAGAUGGGAAGUUAUCGCUUGAGGAGUUCAUAGAGGGCGCUAAAAGCGACCCUUCGAUUGUACGGCUACUGCAAUGCGAUCCACAAUCCCAGUGA